GUUUUCAUCCGUGUUGAGGGUCAUCAAUAUAUAACACUAAGUCUUGAUUAUUUCAACAAAUGAUUAUGGUGGAUUUUUCUGUUUUUCAAUUAAUGAGAAUGCAUAUUGGAUCGGCUAACCGUGCUCUCUUUAUUAUUCUUCAUUUACUUAAAUUACAAGCUAACACAGCAUACGGGCCAGAUGGUUACAUCGGAUGCUUUAAAGAUUCCAGAAAUAGAGUUCUAAAUGAAAAGAAAACAGACUUCGACCCAAACAGUGGAAAGAGAUGUAAACAAUUUUGUAGAGAACAUGGAUAUAGAUAUGCUGGAACUGAGAGCGAAGAACAAUGUUUUUGUGGCAAUAAGAUUAGGUAUAAGAGGCCAGCUUAUAACUGUGAUUACGAAUGUGAAGGUAAUCCCUCGGAAUUAUGUGGUGGCGCCUGGCGGAUUUCUAUAUAUGACACUUGGCAUUGUGCUACCAAACCAUGUCAAAACGGCGCCACAUGCAGGGACAAAGAUGUAGACCACUACAGUUGUAUCUGCACUGAAAACUGGACAGGAAUACAUUGUGAUAAACCACAAACAACAGUGCAAUCAACAUCAACAACAACAGAAACAACAACUCAAACAACAACAACUAAAACAACAACUAUUACCGCUGUUAAUACGAAAACCAGUACCGCCUCCGGAAAGUCGACUGAAGGUACAAGCAGAGAAUCAAUGACAAAUGUGACAGAUAUUCCACAUAUAAAACCCACAGAUGAUCACAGUGAUUCAAUGAUUGCUAUGUAUGUUUUACUGCCUCUGGGUGUUAUUGUAAUAAUGAUUAUAGCUGCUUUCGUCUUGAAACGAAGGCGCCAACGCAAGAAAGAAACCGUUUCGGAAAUAAUCUGUCACGGACCUGGUUCGACGCCAAACAUAUAUGCAAAUGUAAUAAAUGCUCCACAACGUAACCAGUUUGAACAAGAGGGUCAAUCUCAUAAUCAAUCUAGAGAAGAGUCAGCACGUUUGGGAAAGGAAUUUAAUGUUAUCGAUGAAGACAGGAGAGGAACAGUAGAACAAGAAAUGGAGGAGUAUAAUACUUUAACUUUACCAUCAAACAAUAGGACUGUACUUGAUUAUUCCUAUGAUCAUGUAGUCAAGCCAGCUAGUUAUGUUGAAAAAACGUACUCUAUAUUGUCUGCCGUUCAGUUAAAUAGGGAACAUAUGUCAGUGGAUAACACGUACUCACAUAUUGAAAACGCUUCAGGACAAGACCAUGUCAGUGGAAUUGCAGAGAAAGAUGAUAACACAUACAACACACUGGAGUUAAGGGCCAAUCGAAAAGCAGAAGGAACUGGUGGCAGAAUUGAAGACUGUUCUUUUUAUGACCAUACCAAUACACGGCAGACAGACGAAAGAGUAGAAGAUUGCUAUUCGCAUAUGAACACCACUAUAGCACAUCCAAAUGAUGACGAUAAAAAUAGAAAUAUUGGAAUUGAAAACAUAUAUUACAAUGAAGAUGAAUACGCUACGGUUGAAAAGGUUUCGAAGAAUUAACAAAUACGUAAAGCUGUAAUUCAUAUAUUUUACUGUUCAUUUUUGGAAACAUUGUUUAGAGCAAAUGGAUGUGAUUUACAGUGACAAACUUAAGACAAGAAGGAAACAACAACUUCUAAAGAUGUUAAAACAGUUAUGACAGAAUCUGCAAAACAUUUUUAUUUCAAAUGAAACGUAUUUAUGCUUGUUAUUGAAAUAUGUAAAACAAUUAAUGAUUAA